GGAACAUUUACUGCUUGGUCGUCGCUCCACCGACGCUGCAAUCGAUGUUAGGGGACCACGAAGGGCUCCUCGCCAAGCCCAACGACGAAGGCGAUGCGUACGCCGACGGUGUCCCGAUCCUCUUGCAUUGGCGCCACGUUGGGCUCGUCGCCAACUACGCGGUCGUCGGGCUGCUCAUGGGCACGUUUCCGCGUUGUAUUUACCCGUACUUUCGCAUGUACCUCAACAUGGACGGGUACCAAGUGAGCGCGGCCAAGACGCUCAUUGGCAUUGCGUGGAGCUUCAAGAUCGUCGUCGGUAUCCUUAGCGACUCGGCGCCGAUUUGCGGCUACCGGCGCCGCCCGUACAUCUACCUUGGCUGGCUUCUCUGCUUUGGCUUUCUUCUGACGAUGGCGCUCCUGCCACCCGAGACGCCGUACUACGCCGACGGUCAGAUCCGCACCGUCGCCAACGCGUCGCUUCGCCGGAUCCAGAACCCGGACGCACCCUUCGACGGCGUCACGUACCUCCUUCUCCUCAUGGGCGCCACCGUCGGGUACGUCAUGGUGGACGUGGCGUGCGACGCUGUCAUGGUCGAGCUCGCGCGCGCCGAGCGCAUGGACGUCCGCGGCCACACGCAAACGCUGUCGUACAUCACCAAGUGGCUCUGCGCCAGCGUUGCGAGCGGUGUCGUCGGCCUUACGCUCAACGGAGCAGCGUACGGCGGCAACUUUGACUGGAGCCUUUCGUUCAACGCACUCAUGGGUGGCUAUGCGCUGGUGGUGCUGGCCGUGCUUCCGCUCGCAGGCUGCGUCCCCGAUACGAUUCCGGUGGGCAUGCCGUCGCUGGCCACCAAGUGCCACCAGCUCUAUCUGCUCUGCCACCAGCGCGCGCUGUGGCAAAUCAUGAUCUUUCAGUUUCUCAACACGUUCUUCUUUAGCUUUGAAGCGACACCGAGCGCGGUCGUGCAGUCCGAGUGGGCCAAAGUCCGGCCGAUCAACGAAGCGCUCUUUUGCAUUCUCUCGUGUUGGCUUCUCGCGGCCGGCAUGCUGCUCACGAAGCUCUACUUUCUGCAGCACGACUGGCGACUGCUCAUCUUGGUCACCGUGAGCUACCUCACCAUUUACGGCAUCAUUCGGAGCGAAUGGUUCUUCCUCGGCGGACCGGCCCUCGCCCACCUCCCCGACGGCGUCCGGUCCAUCGUCACAAGCUUUGUCAUUGUGGAGGUCGCGGAUGCGGGCCACGAAGGCGCGACCUAUGGCCUCCUCACGACGGUCGGCAACCUCGCCGAGCCCUUUGCCGUCGCGCUCUCCAAGGUCGUCGACGCCCCCUUCAACGUCUUUCAAGACCAAGUCAUCUCGGACACGCCAGCGGUCCGUGACCGCGUAGCAUGCACGUUUGGUAUCAUGUACGCCAUGAAGCUGCUCAGUCUCGGCACGCUAUUGCUUUUGCCGAGCCAGAAGGCGGCCGCGCAGCACCUCCGCGCGCACGGCGGCACGCACCGCGGCAUGGCCAACGUGACGCUCUCGAUGGCGGCGCUCUGCCUUCUCUUUGGCAUCGUCACGAACCUCCUCUCGGUGUUUCCGUCGACGGCAUGCCUCGUCCUUGCUGGCGGCGAAGGCUGCAAGUAA